AAAUGAAUAUGGAACGUUUAAUAUAUAGUUUUAAAUAUAAUAUGAAAGCCUCAAAAAACUAAUGAUCUUCAAAUUAUAUGAAGAAAAGCCAUGCAACGGCAGCGAGGACAGAGCCGGAGACAGAGAUCUCAAGCAAUGAGGCUCUUGCGGACGGAGGAGAAGCGUCAGGGCCGUCACUGGCGCCAGUUCCAUCGUCGGAUGAUGGAGACAUGUCUGGAGUCGGAGCUGGCGGAGAGGAGCCGGUAGGUGCGUCGGAUGAGCUGGUAGGACCUUCGGAAGAAUCGUCGGAGCUUGAGUCAGGGCUUGCAGCCGGAGUUUUGGCAGAUGAUGACUUCGGAGACUUUGCGGUGUUGCUGCUGCCUGAUGAUGGGGAAGGGCUUGGAGUUGCGGAGGAGUUUUUCUUGGCCAUGGUGGGAGCAGGCGUAGGCGGCGUGGUUGGAGCGGAGCCGGUUGAUUUUGGGGACGCUGCCGCGGCCGGAGAAGGAGAGGUUGAGUUUUUACCGCCAUUGUUGGCUUUAGGCGCGCUUGCGGGUGUUGGUGCAUCCGCGGCGAAGACGGUGGUUAAGGCCAAUGCGGCCACGGCGAGAGAUAGGAGCUUAAGUGUCAUUGUCAUUUUGUGUGUAAAGUGUGUGUGUGUGUGAAUGUGUUUUUGUCUUUGUAGUAAUUAAAUGAUUAAUUACGUCUCUCGA